AUGGGAUUGCCGGAAAGUGAGGAGGUUGAGGACGACGGGGAAACCGCCGGAGUCGGAGAUGAGGAAGCCACAGGAAAGGAGGAUGAAGAGAGCAUCGAGGAUCAGGAGGAGGAAACCAUCGAAGACGAGGUGGAAGAAACCAUCAAAGCCGAAGUGGAAGAAACAAUCGAAAAGGGGGACACUGGGGAAAGAACCGGAGUGGGACCUGAGGAGGCAACAAGAGGCCACGAUAAGGAGACCAUCAAGCAGGGGGACAGUGGGGAGGGGGCCGGAGUGGGACAUGAGGAAGCCACACAACAGCAGGAUGAGGAGAUCAUCGAAGAGGGGAACACUGGGCAGAAGGCCGGAGUGGGACAUGAGAAAGGCACAGGACAGCAGGAGGAGGACACCAUCGAAGGAGGGGACACUGGGGAAAGGACCGGAGGGGGACAUGAGGAAGCCACAGAACAGCAGGAUGAGGAGACCAUCGAAGAGGGGGACAAUGGGAAGACGGCUGAAGUGGGACAUGAAGAAGCCAAAGGGCAGCAGGAGGAGACCAUCGAAGAGGGGUACACUGGGGGGGGCGCAGUGGGACAGGAAGAAGCCGGAGAACACCAGGAUAAAGAGACCAUCAAGCAGGGGGACAGUGGAGAGAGGGCCGAAAACCGACAUGAGGAAGCCAGAAGACAGCAGGAGGAGGACACCAUCGAAGAGGGGGACACAGGAGGGAGGGCCGGAGUGGGACAUGAGCAAGCAGCAGAACAGCCCGAGGAGGACAAUAUCGAAGAGGGGGACACUGCGGAAAGGGCCGAAGUGGGACAUGAGAGAGGCACAGAACAGCAGGAUGAGGAGACCAUCGAAGAGGGGGACACUGGGGAAACCGAGGGAGUGGAACAUGAGGAAGCCACGGAGCAACAGGAUGAGGAAACCAGCCAAAACGGGGCUGUGGAAACCACCGAAGACGGGAUUGGAAAACCAACCCAACAAGGAGCUGCAAAAUCAACUGAUCAAGUGAAAAAAAGGGAAGAUUCCGUCGGAACUAAUCUCAAGGAUCCUAAAAUGGAUUCGAACACCUUGCAAGAAUCAUGUUACCAGAUACCUAAUAACGAUAAGAAGAGAAAGGUGAAAUUAGAAGAAGCUAAGAAGCAAGAGAAGCUACAUGGGAGGAAAUUGGAAAAACCUAAAGAACAGGAAUACAAGACGAACAAGAAGCAGAAAGAACUUGAAGGAAUGAAAUUGGAGGGACCUAAAAAACAACCAUACAAAGAAAGGAGGAAGCAUAAACAAUUACGUGGGACAGAAAGCAGCCUAGAGAACCAUGCUAAGAAACAACCAAGAGAUACCGAAAAAUCUUCAGGAAAUGAUAAAGCGAGACAUGUGGAUAAUUCACACCAGAAGAAGGAGUUAUUAUUUGGGAAAUUGAAAAUGUUUGAGAAAUACGGAACUCCCAAAACUU